CUCAAUUAUUUAGUGCUGCAGCAGAAGUCGAACGAGGUCAGCAGCGAAAGCUCCCAACGGCUGCAUGGAAACAAUUCCAACCGGCUGCCGCUCAACCCUCUUUAGGUCAUCCUGCCAAGAAGAAAGUGAAUCGAAUUCUCCCAAAUCCCCGACAGAGAAAAGUUCGUGAAAAUAGCCUGAAUUAUUCUCGUGAGACACACGAUUCCGUUCGUUGUAUCUCUCUCGUCUUUCAAGGACUGUGAUACUAAGGUGCUUUUUCGUUCGAUACGCGUUCUUCGGCUAUUUCACACACAACGAUUAAAUAAACGCACAAGUUAAGUCUCCAAGUACAAUGAUCAACUUCACGCAAAAAUAUCAAGACUUUCUGGACAGUGGAGAUCCUCGAGUAGCAACAUGGCCAAUGAUGGACAAUCCCAUGAAAGGAGUGACGUUGGUCAUUAUGUACUUGGGAUUCGUGAAGGUUGUUGGGCCGGCCUGGAUGAGAGACCAAAAACCCUAUGACCUCCGUUACCUCAUGGUUCUUUACAAUUUCACUCUUGUUGCCAUAAGCGCCUGGUUAUUUGUUAAUUUUGGAAUGUUGGGUUGGUUCACAAAAUACAGCUGGAGGUGUGAACCAAUAGAUUAUUCGUACAGCGUGGAUGCAAUUAAAAUGGCAGAAAUAGGCUGGUAUUUUUACAUAACAAAAUUUAUCGAAUUUGCCGAUACGGUGUUUUUCAUUCUAAGGAAGAAGGAUUCCCAAAUCUCUUCUCUACACGUGUUCCAUCAUAGUCUCGUGCCUAUAACGUUAUGGUUUGGCAUCAAGUAUGGCGCAGGUGGUUACAAUUCUAUAUUUGCUUUCCUGAACUCUUUUGUGCACAUUUGGAUGUAUUUGUAUUAUGGUUUGUCUGCAUUAGGCCCAGCUUUUCAAAAAUAUUUGUGGUGGAAGAAAUAUUUAACAAUGCUUCAAAUGGUGCAGUUCUUCCUAGUGUUCGCAUCGAUGGUUCAGUUGACAUUCUUCCCCACCUGCGAAGUUUCAAAGCCCCUCCUUCUCCUCAAUGUCGUCCAGGCGAUUAUUUUCUUCGCCCUAUUCCUGAACUUCUUCCGUGGUUCGUACCAACGCCGGAACCGGCGGGACCAGAAAAGUGCAUUACGAGCCGAAACCGCCGUCACAACCCAGAAGGCUGAAGAUAUUAAGGAUUGUUUGCGGUUACGUAAACCUUCCGUCCAGAAAAUGAGAUAUGUGGAUGUAGAUUACGUCACAGAGGCUGUCACUAUUUCGGCCUGAGCACCUUGUUUUUCCCCUUGUCAUUGUUUCAUUCAAAUGGUAACUAGCCAUAGUGGUCACUAGAAUAGAUCCGGUUCAUUUUUGAACGAUAUUUACAACGAUCUCGUCGACGUCACAUUGCAAGGAUCGUUUCGUUCCGAUGGCAUCAUCGUAUUGCCUGUAAAAAGAUCGUUUUGCUACAUGGACACCAUCUUGUAUAAGAAAUGUAUUGUUACAAGAACACAUAUCUAAUCUUCUACAUCGCCAAGCUUUCAUUAAUAAAAAGAACAAUAUCUCUUAUGGCAUGUGUCAGGAUAUUCUUGCCACGAAGACUUAUCCAAGAUGCAAAGUCUGGGCGCAGAUCUUGUCAGCUAUAUUUCGCCUCUCUAAGACCCUCAAUCUCGUUUGAUUUUUAAUGCAUGAAUCAAACCAUGGUCAUAUGUAGUUACAAUAUUGCUAAAAAAAGUGUUUAGACUACGGAAAUAAGGUCUGAGAUGAAUCUCGAAAUCCUUGAAAAAUUCGAAAUUGUUUAUUUGACAUACAAAAAUUGCCCAGUUACUAUGCUGUUUAGAAAAAAGAGAAACUUUAUAUUCAUAACACAAUAUAAAAGCAUCUAGUUGAUAGUUUUGUUGUUUAUUUGCGAUUUUGGUAUCGCAGUAUAAUGGCCGUAAAAUGAAUUUUAUUUUGAUCUAAAAUUUCUAAAUGAAAUGUUUACUUUCAUUGUUCCUUUCAAAAAGCCUUUGUUUUGGCUUACAAAAUUUUUCAUCUGAGGCAAUUAUACUGUACUGUAACAUUUUGAACUUUGUCUACAAAAGUUAUAACUAAUUUUUUCUAAUAUUCUCAGUUUAAUUUUUCGUUUGGUAAGAAUUCAUAUAAUUUAUGAUGAAGAUGUGUAUUUUCACGUAACUCUUAACACGUCUUAGUAAAUAGAAUCCAAAAGCGAGAAACAUUCUUCAAAAUAAAAUAUAAAUUCUUUCAGAUUUUUCGAAGCGUGCGUAAAUUUAUAAAUUUCCGCAAGAUCAUUUAUUUCGAAAUUGAGAAGAUUCCUUGGCGAAUAGUAUAAAAAGCAAUUUUUGCAUUAACCGGUGCUAAUACCUUCUGCCAUAAUAUAGUUUUAAAUUUGGACGUUCAUUAUAAAGAAAAACCAUACUGCAGAAAGGUUAACUAUGCCUUAAUAAUUUGGAAUUUUAAUACUCUAGUGUAUAUCAAUUCUAGAUUCAAAUGAAUUUUAAAAGAGCAAUAAAACCGAAUAUUAUUAAGUGCAUACAAUAAAAUAUAAUAAAAUAUAAUUCACAAUAAUUAAACAUGGUUCGAUUUCCGUAUCAUAUUCCUGUAUCUUGGCAUUAGAGCAUUUCAUUUGUGAAACAGUUUACUGAUUUAUUUCGGAUAUAGAAGACUCAUUUUAGUCAUUAAUUUAAAACUGCAGUCAUUUUAAAGCGCAAUAACUGCAAUUAAACUUGGAACAAAAUAUGAAAAUAUAUUUAAAAAUUUAACCUCGGAUGUACCACAACUGGAAAAUGAAAUUUUCGCAUUAUAUUUUUGAUACAGAUAUAUUGUACUAUUUGCACUAUAAUUAGUUUUUAGUAUUGGCGUAUUAAAAAUUUAUAUCAAUUAAAAAAAGACAGGAAAAUUCUUUAAAGUUUGUUUAUGAUGAAGUAGAAGUUAAAAAUUUAUUAUAGUUUUAGGGUAACUUAGAUGCAUAAACGCGAAUCAGUUCGAUUCACUAUAUACAUAUAUAUACUGAGUAUAUAAUGCCUCGUAACAUCUGAUAUUGACCACUUCAGAAAUUACAGCACGUAACGUUAAAUUCCAUAUUAAAUUCUCUGAUUAAGAAAAAGAACUGUAUGUAUAUUUCGUCAAUGUCAGCAAUUUUUGUCUUGGAUAAAUACAGUGCAAUACUUAACCACUAGACAUUGUGAUGCAGCUUCAAAAAAAAAAAAAAAAAAAAAAAACAGUAAAAUGAACAACUGAAAAAGAAUUCAAAAAUUUGUGAUGUCGGCGAUAAGAAAGCGACCAAGUUAGAGCACUUUAAAUACAGCUUUAUAAGAAAGAAAAUACGACAGAAAAGCUUUAUAAAUGUAUUCAUGAAAAUUUUUGCCACAAAGCCUUAGAAGAAGUAUUAGUUAAAACGUAGUUAUCUCAUCCAACGAAUCUAGUUCUCAAGACUCACACCCUUGCUUUUACUUCGCAGAACUCCACGCGACUAUACAGACGGAUAAAAAGUUGUUGAAAAAAAAAAAAAAAA